UGCAAACUUGUGAAUGCUAUUGGAUGUUUGCAGAAAUGGAAGCAUCUGUGCGCGUUCGUGGAAAUUUAAUUUUUAUUUCAACAGUUAUAUUUUAUUUUGUGUUCAACUUUGUGUCACUUCAAGGUUACAUUCAACCUUCAAUUUCGCUGACGUCAUGCAAUCACAAAACUGCGUCCUUGAGAAUCUCGAACACGACCACAGGCGGCCUACUUUACAUACGGACGGACACCUUCUACAACGUCGAGUCAACAGUGGACGGGGAGAUGACGUACGAUUGUGCGUUCGAGGACUGCAACAUACAAUGGAACGAGAAGUUUAACAUUGUCGUUCAGCGUCACGUGGUCUACCAGAGCGCUGAUGACGUCGACCAGUGGUUCGUCUGCAGCACGGACUUCAACUCCAUUAAGGCUUUCAGCAUUGAAUUCGGCGAGGGUAUAGAAGACAACCUGACGAUGCACGUGCAGAGACCGGAUGCGGUGAUCAUGUCGUUCGUCUCCGAUGGAAAACACGUGCCCUUCGGAAGUGACGUCAAACUAGGAACGGAGUUAAAUCUCCUGAUUCACGUCAUCAAUAAUGACAAAGGGCCAGUUGCUCAAACCUUUGACGGGCAGUUAAGGUAA